AAAAAAUAAAAGCUAAGAAAAAAAAAAAGAGAAUCAAAAUAAAAAUAAAGUCACAUAGCGAUAAAUAAAUUUAUAAUCAGCAUAUCGUUUAAUUCAUAUCGGAAAAGUAAACGGAAUUCCCUCAUCCAUUUAUAUUCAUGUUUAUGUGUCCACCUAUUCGCCUAUUCGCGCGUUCGAUUAUUAUUAUAAAUAUUCAAUGAAUUUCAAUCCGGCCAUUUUACGCAGUAAUCUGAUGCAUGCAAAAAUCAUGGAAUGGACCAACGAUGAUGCUCUCGAAUUAAUCGAACAGUAUCGCUCGCAUACAGAACUGUGGAAUCGUGCUGAUCCCAAGUACAAAGAUAAAUUGUGUCGCUUUCGCGCAUGGUCGGAAAUAGCUGAACGUUUCGGCUGCAGCAAGGCUGAGGUCGAACGCAAAAUGAACGUACUGUUGACACAGUAUCGUCGGGAAAAACAUAAAAUGUUAGUCAAAUUAUAUCAGGGCAUACAACCGAAUCCCUCUAAAUGGUAUGCUUUUAAAAGAUUCGAUUUUAUGGAAGCCGGCGGUGGCAGUUCGGUAGGCUCAAUAAGUGGUUCAAACAAUGCACAUGGCGUAAGUGUUGGAAGCAGUAGUAGUAGUAGCGGUGGCAUUGCAAUAAUAAAUAAUUGUGGUAGCAGUAACAGCAAUUGUGGCAGCACACCGCACAAUAGCAGCAUCACAACGAAUGGUCACCACAAUGCGGCAGCAGUUGCCGCUGCUGCUGCCUUGAAUGGCUUGGCUGCCGCUAGCUACGAAUCACCGAGUGCUGCUGCAGCGUCAACAGUGCCAACAACAUCGCACCAUCGCCGCAUGAAAAGCAAAGAGAUGAAAUAUUUUGGCGCGAUGGGUCUUAAUCUGCCCAUGCUUCUUGCCAAUUCGCAGCCUUUAGAUACAUGGAAUCCUGUUGGUCAAUUUUCGCCUCCGCCUAUUAGUGAACGCAAUCAAUUGCGUGUACCGUUGCCUAUGCCAUUUUCUGCGUCUCAAAGUGAUUUGAAUACGAGCGGCACAGGUGGGUCACGUAGUCUCUUCGGUGGCAGUAGUAACAGUGAUUUUUCGGAAAGCCCUCAAAAACCAAUGGACACAACGGAUAUGGAGAAUGAUGAUAAUAAACCCGAACAAUUAGAUACCAAAUGUGAACGUACAACACCUAUACCGUCCAAUAUUCAGGAUCCCACCGCCAGUGCAGCUAUUACGGACAGCCGGAUAAGUAUAGCAGCCAAUGGCAGUAAUGUCGAGGCCGCCAACGGUAAUUGUGUGGGUGGAGACGGUAGCGGAAGACUUAGUAGUAGAAGUGGUGUCCCGGGCACAGAAGCCAGUUCUAGUCCUAUACCAAAUACAAACACUCACGAAGCCCAUAAACAAAGACAUUUAAUAGCGGGCACUGCCAUAGCUAGCGGGUCACGUGAUCCACAUGAUGAGCUUGAUAUUAAACAAGAACUAUUAGUAGAUUAUUUUCAUGCACCACAUCCGCCAGCACCGCCCGAUUCACAUCGUUCCUACUCGUCAGCAGAUGACAAUCGCCAUUGCAACGAAGCCACCGAUGAAUUUGCUCAAGAUUUACGCAUAAGUGCGGCAGCAGCUGCAGCGGCCAAAGGUAUCGAUUUUAGUCGGUUUGUACUGCCACCUGGCAUGAGACGCUCCACCGAAUCUAUAGAUGAAAAAUUUUCCCCUCUCAAUAUGCGCAAACUGAACACAGUUAGUACGGCAUCCAGUGCUGGUCAUAUGCUCAUGAAUUCCCUGCUCACUAACGACAGCAUGUCCGAGGAUAAUACAACGUCGCUUAGUGGGCGUCGCAAAUCCGGCAGCCUGGGUAAUGGAGCCGUUGGCUUAGGCAGUGCCUCGCAGGAAGCUAGUUCUUCAGCUGCGGCAGCUGCAGCGGCGGCCGCAUUUUAUGCCGAAAGUCUGAACAAAGAUGACUGCGACUUUGUCGGCUCUAAUGUUAGUGUGAAACUGCGUUCUAUGGAUCGGACGCAACGCAUUAUAGCGGAGAAAUUAAUUAGUGAGGUGCUAUUCUACGGCCAGUUCAAUGAACUGGAACGCAGUGCUCGCAUACAACCAAAGUGACAGUUAAUUGCACGCAUGUUACGUAAAGGAUUUUGAAAAUAUAUGAAUAAUCAAAUCAUAAAAUCUUUGGGAAAUUGGAAAGAUUUUUUAGAGAAGACAAAACCUAUAAUUACAUGAUCUAAAAAUGUAUUUAGAAUUUUCCUUUUUUUUUUUUUUUUAAGAUUUAAGUUUUUUUCUUGAGUCUUAUUCUAAACAAAGAUUGUUAAAGAACACUGUGUUGCACGUAUUAAAUGACAAUUGAAGUACCGCAUAUGCUUAAAAAA